UUUAAUGUUUACAGAAUGAAGAGGAAGAAUUUAUCUGUUGUGAAUAAAAUUGUCCAGUCUUCACCAACAGCAAAACAGCCAAAACUGGGGUUCUACUCUUCUCUCAACCAGACUCAUAUGUGCACUGUUCUAGACUGGGGGAGUUUGCCUCACCACGUACUAUUACGGAUUUUUCAGUAUCUUCCUUUAAUAGAUCGAGCCCAUGCAUCUUCUGUGUGUAGGAGAUGGAAUGAAGUCUUUCAUAUCCCUGACCUUUGGAGAAAGUUUGAAUUUGAGCUGAACCAGUCAGCUACUUCAUAUUUUAAGUCCACUCAUCCUGAUCUCAUUCAGCAGAUUAUUCAAAAGCAUGCUGCCCAUCUCCAAUAUGUCAGUUUUAAGGUUGAUAGCAGCACAGAGUCAGCAGAAGCUGCCUGUGAUAUACUUUCUCAGCUGGUAAAUUGUUCUAUCCAGACCCUGGGCUUGAUUUCAACAGCCAAGCCAAGUUUUAUGAACGUGUCAAAGUGUCAUUUUGUGUCAGCACUUACUGUUGUUUUUGUCAACUCAAAAUCGUUAUCAUCGAUCAAAAUUGAAGACACACCAGUGGAUGAUCCUUCAUUGAAGAUUCUUGUGGCCAAUAAUAGUGACACUCUAAGGCUCCUAAAAAUGAGUAGCUGUCCUCAUGUUUCAUCUGAUGGAAUACUUUGCGUAGCUGAUCAUUGUCAAGGCCUCAGAGAACUGGCGUUGAAUUAUUACAUUCUGAGCGACGAACUUCUCCUCGCACUUUCAAGCGAGACUCACGUUCACCUUGAACACCUUCGGAUUGAUGUCGUGAGUGAAAAUCCUGGACAGAUUGAAUUUCAUUCUAUCCAAAAACGUAGUUGGGACGCCCUUAUUAAACACUCCCCUAGAGUUAACGUUGUCAUGUACUUCUUUGUAUAUGAAGAGGAAUUCGAAACGUUCUUCAAAGAAGAAACCCCUGUUACUCAUCUUUAUUUUGGUCGUUCAGUAAGCAAAGCAGUUCUAGGACGGAUAGGUCUUAACUGUCCACGACUAAUCGAGUUAGUGGUUUGUGCUAAUGGUCUGCAGCGUCUUGAUGAUGAACUUAUUCGUAUUGCUGAACGCUGUACGAACUUAACAGCCUUGGGCCUCAGCGAAUGUGAGGUUAGCUGCAGCGCGUUCGUUGAGUUUGUAAGAUUGCGUGGGACAAAGCUAACCCAGCUCUCCAUAAUGGAGGAAGUUUUGAUCCCUGACGAAGAUUAUAACCUAGAUGAGAUUCAUGCUGAAGUCUCCAAAUACCUGGGAAGAGUGUGGUUUCCCGAUGUGAUGCCUAUCUGGUAA